AUCAACCUUUAUUUGUCCCUCUCCUUAAGCCCUUUCUUCUCCUUAAAACCCUACUCCCUUGCACCCCUCUUCUAUUCUCCUUGCGCGCAGCAGAGCAGAAUCCCUCUUCUUCUUCCUUUCUCGCUCAAGUAUUAUUGCAGAAGAGCUGGGACGUAAAGAUGCUUGUGCUAUUUGAAACUCCUGCUGGCUUUGCGCUUUUUAAAGUUUUGGAUGAAGGAAAGCUAUCCAAAGUUGAGGAUUUGUCAAAAGAGUUUGCUAGCUCAGAAUCUGCAAGAAAGGUAGUGAAGCUGAAAGCUUUUUCCAAGUUUGAGAACACAUCUGAGGCUCUGGAAGCAGUAACGAAAUUGCUUGAUAGCUCGCUCAGCAAAGGUUUGCGCAAGUUUUUGCGUUCUCACUGUGAUGGUGAAACCUUGGCUGUGGCUGAUUCAAAGCUUGGAAAUGCAAUUAAGGAUAAAUUGAAAAUCGAAUGUGUUCACAACAAUGCUGUCAUGGAGUUGAUGAGAGGCCUGAGAAGUCAGUUGACUGAGCUCAUAUCUGGUCUAGCUACUCAAGAUUUGGCACCAAUGAGCUUGGGUUUGUCACAUAGCCUAUCUAGAUACAAGCUAAAGUUCAGUCCUGAUAAGGUUGAUACAAUGAUAAUUCAGGCGAUUGGUUUACUUGAUGACCUUGAUAAAGAGCUCAACACAUAUGCAAUGAGGGUCAGAGAAUGGUAUGGUUGGCAUUUUCCAGAGCUUGCUAAAAUCAUACAAGAUAACAUCCUCUAUGCCAAAGCAGUGAAACUGAUGGGUAGUCGUGAUAAUGCCAUAAAGCUCGACUUCUCUGAGAUACUUCCAGAAGAGAUUGAGACAGAAUUGAAAGAGGCAGCUAUGAUAUCCAUGGGAACUGAAGUUAGUGAUGUUGAUUUGAUGAACAUAAAAGAUCUAUGUGAUCAAGUUCUGUCUCUCUCUGAGUACAGAGCUCAACUUUAUGAUUAUUUGAAAAGCAGAAUGAAUACUAUUGCCCCAAACUUAACUGCUCUUGUUGGAGAGCUGGUUGGAGCUCGCCUCAUUGCCCAUGGUGGGAGCUUAUUGAAUCUUGCCAAGCAGCCUGGGAGCACAGUUCAGAUUCUUGGUGCAGAAAAAGCUCUCUUCAGAGCUCUGAAAACAAAGCAUGCAACUCCGAAAUAUGGGCUUCUUUUCCAUGCAUCCUUGGUUGGUCAGGCAUCCUCAAAGAUGAAGGGAAAAAUAUCUCGAUCGCUUGCUGCUAAAGCUGCACUGGCAAUUCGAUAUGAUGCUCUUGGAGAGGGCCAAGAUAACUCUAUGGGAUUGGAAAACCGGUUGAAGCUUGAAGCACGGUUAAGGAACCUUGAAGGAAGAGAAUUGGGUCGUUCUGCUGGCUCUGCUAAGGGUAAACCUAAGAUAGAAGCUUACGACAAGGAUCGAAAGAAGGGGGCUGGAGCACUUUUAGCUGCUGCAAAGACAUAUAAUCCUUCUGCCGAUUCCAUUCUUGGGCAAACACUGAGCUCCAAUGCUGGGACUGAUGAAGAAAUGGUCCCAAGACAACAGAAGACUGAUCAAGCUGAGGAACCUGCUGAGGAAGCUCCAGUUACAGGUGAAAAGAAGAAAGAAAAGAAGAAGAAGAAGAAAGCUAGUGAGGAGGCGGCUUUAAUGACUAAUGGAAAUGGCAGCGCUGCUCAAUUGGAAGCAGAGGAAUCUGUGAAGAAGGAAAAGAAGAAAAAGAGAAAAGAUAGAGCUGAAAAUGGCGAUGAACAAAAUGACAAGAAGGAUGUUGAUGUGGGAGAGAAGAAAAAGAAGCGAAAGCAUGGUGAACAAGACGAGGAAACUGAGAUGCCGAACAAGAAGGAUAAGAAGAAAAAGAAGAAAAGCAAGGAUUAAGAACCUUAACAAGGUACUAUCCAACAAUUUUCGAUAAUUUAGGCAGCAUUCGAGUAAAUCUCCAUGUAAUAUUUGGCUUUUCCUCCUCUUUUGAUUACUCAAGUAUUAGGUUUCUUUACUUCUAUUUUAUCUUGGCACUUUAUAGCUGUUUGUACUUUGUAUGAGAGGAAGAUCCAUCAAAUCAAAGUUUUAUUUGUUUCC